GCGAGGUGGAGAAGCUGGUGCUCAAACCAAGGCAGCCAAAAUGCUCUGGCUUCUCGGCACCCUUGCCUGUUGCCUUUUCCUACUUCUGCCUCCAGGUUUGGGUGCCCAAAACUACCAAACCCGUAGACGCUUGGACUCCAUUUCAUUGCAAGGCAAGACCAUUGGUAGAACAGCUGCAGCACGGGUUGAUGGACUCCACUCACAAGGUUCCAAGAGCUACUCUUCAGCAGUCUCCCCUACAGAGGAUAUUUGCAGGAGUCAGCCCCUGGAUCUUGUAUUUAUAAUAGACAGUUCCCGCAGCGUCCGAUUUCAAGAGUUUGAAAAAGUUAAAACCUUCUUGGCCAAAAUGAUCGACACUUUGGAUAUUGGGGAAAGAGCAACCCGCGUGGCAGUGGUGAACUACGCCAGCAGAGUCAAAGUUGAGUUUAAUCUUCAGACGUACUUCGACAAAGCUUCCAUGAAGCAAGCAGUGAGCCGCAUCAGUCCGUUAUCUGUGGGUACUAUGACCGGUCUGGCCAUCCAGACUGCCAUGGAUGACGUUUUCACCAAAGAAGUGGGGUCGAGAGACUCUUCCCUUGACAUUCCCAAGGUGGCAAUAAUUGUGACCGAUGGUCGGCCUCAGGAUCAGGUGCAGGAGGUGGCUUCCAAGGCCCGAGCAUCUGGAAUUGAGAUCUAUGCAGUUGGAGUUGACCGAGCCGACGUGCAGUCCUUAAGGUUGAUGGCCAGUGAGCCAGUAGAUGAUCACGUUUUUUAUGUGGAGACGUAUGGUGUGAUUGAAAAGUUGGCUUCUAAAUUUCGAGAAACUUUCUGUACUGUGGAUGCCUGCGCCCUUGGAACCCAUGACUGUGAGCAAACCUGUGUGAGUAGCGAUGACUCUUGGCACUGUGACUGCUAUGAAGGGUACACAUUGAAUCCAGAUAAGAAAACUUGCUCAAAAAGGGAGACCUGUGCACCGGGAACCCACAACUGUGAGCAAGUUUGUGUGACUAGCGAUGGCUCCUGGAAAUGUGACUGCUAUGAAGGAUACACGUUGAAUCCAGAUAAGAGAACUUGCUCAAUAAGGGACCCUUGUGCAUCUGGAACCCAUGACUGUGAGCAAAUCUGUGAGACUAGCAGAAGUGGUUCCUGGCAGUGUGACUGCUAUGAAGGGUACACACUGAAUCCGGAUAAAAGAACUUGCUCAAGAAGGGAGGCCUGUGCACCUGGAACCCACAACUGUGAGCAGACCUGUGUGAGCUGCAAUGGCUCCUGGCACUGUGCCUGCUAUGAAGGGUACAUCUUGAAUCCUGAUAAGAAAACUUGCUCAAUUCGGUCUUCAACCAUGGAUGUUUGUGCACCUGGAACCCAUGACUGCCAACAAAUCUGUGUGCCUAGUGCCAGGUCCCGUUAUUGUGAGUGCUAUGAAGGAUUUGCCUUGAAUGCAGAUAAGAGAACAUGCUCAAGUCUAGAUGACAUUGUGGCCAGCAUGCACUUAGAGCUUCAUCAAAUGAGCAUUUUCUUGCAUGUUUGCUACUGCUCACUUACGGACGUUUGUGCGUCCUUUGGAUGA